UUGCACUGUGUUUCAGAAAAUGAAGAGGAGGAAGAGGAGAGUGUAUCUCUUUAGUAAAGCUUUCAUUUGCAGAUUGAUUUGCCUGGCUCAUCCUUUCCCACAGAAUAAUGACUUUUUAGGAUUAUUUCAGUAUUCAUUUCCAGAUAGCAGAACUGAAGAUAGCAGACUAGUUCCAUUGAUUGUCUUCUAUCUGGAAUGGGUAUUUUAGACAGCAAAAAACCCUUUACCAUUUUCAACCUGUUUCUCAUAGUGAGCGAUUGCUUUACCAGUUUCAUGGUGGUCAGUCUAGAACAAGCUUUGGGGGGUUGUGUUUGAGCCAAAAAUAGUAAUUUGUGGUAAUGAAGCCAAUCACUAGUGGUUAUAGAAAUGUUACUAUGACAAUUGUGACCACUGCUGUGAAAUACUCUGUAAUGUGGGGUUUUUUUGGUUUAAAUGGUCUACUUCCCUGUUUAAAGGAUGACCUGGCAGCUUAUGAAAAGCACUGCAGUGCUGCAUGGGGAAGACCUGACCUGAACCCCUGGGCAAGCUCUUGGAAGGGUUUCUGGUUAACAGUGUCCAAAAUUUACUCAAGAAGCAAGUGUGUCACACUGUGUGGUCUAUCACAGACUCUCAUGUGCUUCUUUAAGGUAUUUUACUGCUAUUAUCUUACUGUCUUUCCCUAAAAAAAAAAAAAAGAAAAAAGGACUUUGAUGUUUUAUAGCUGCAUGAAAACGCCCUUUUUUGUUGUUUUUAGGCUUUGAGACAAAGGGCAGAUGAUGAAGGGAACAGUGGGGAUGAUGGAAUGAGAUAUAGCAAGAGAUUAGUGGACAUGAGAGUGAACUGAAAGAUGAACACAAAAUAAACCAGAAUCUGAGAAUGAAGAAGUUAGAUUAUAAUAAAAUGUUGGCUUGAAAUGAAAAAAAAAAAAAAAGGAGAGAAACAGGAUGCAUAAAAAGGCUGGAAAAUUUAUGUAAAAGAGGGAAAUAACUAUGCCAGCUAUACAGGAAGGCUGUGAGAUGAAAAUACCAGAAAUUUCAGGCUGAAAAAGAAAAAUCUUAAUACAAAGAUUUAUUUGAGGACCUCAUCAAAAGGUUUAAAUAUACAUCUGGGUUCAAGGGCUUGCUUCAGGACAGAUGUUGCAAUUCAUGUAGUUUAUGGACUGAUGCGAAGCCUUCUGAAGACGGUGGACCAGUGUCCAUUGUACACAAUGGGCUUUGGGUCAGAGCUCUUGAGAGCAUUUGACCAUAUGCUAGAGAAAGCAGCAGAAAUAUAAUGUAUGGAGAACAUUCAUGCCAUCAGUAAGAAGAUGGCUUAGCUGAUUUAAUAGAUUUUUCUCAGUCUGUGAUUCUAACAGCCAGGUUUCUGAUAUUUAUUUUAGUAUUCAUGUUCUUGCAGUCCUUUUUACAUUUCUCUGUUUUUCCCUGGCAGACAUCCCGCAGCUCCAUAAGUCUGGGGGAAGAGGAUGGUUAGCAUGUUGUUGCUGUGGGGAUUUGAGUUUUAAUACUCUGUGUUGGUAAUGCUGGGCAUAUAAUCUUAAAACUUGCAUGCUAUAGAAGCAGAUAAUUAUUUCCCUGCUGCAUUUUAUACCCUGGUUUGGGAAAGGAAGAAAGUUCUGAAUAUUAAAAGAAAGAAAAAGUUAUGAUUUGGGAACUGUUCAAAAUGGAAACAGAAAGAGGGGAGUAAUGGGUGUCAGUCUGGUUAUCAGUCAAGCUGCAAAGAGACAGCUUGUUCUGUCGAACACGAAGAAUGUUAGUAGUCAGCCAACCACUUAUGCAGGAAGAAAACCCUAGACUGAAAGGUUUUUCGAAGGGGAGUGUGCUGAUUAGGUAAGGAGAUGUCAUGGUCUGCUUCCGUCGAUGUAGGAAGAUAGCAGUUAUGAUUGCCUGAAAAAGCCGAACUACGCAGUGCAAGCAUGGCUUUCUCUCAGUCUCACAUUAUGGCAGCUAGAAGGCAUCAGCACAGUAGACUCAUAAUUGAAGUGGAUGAGUACAGCUCCAACCCCACACAGGCAUUCACGUUCUACAACAUUAACCAGGGACGUUUCCAGCCCCCACAUGUGCAAAUGGUUGAUCCGGUGCCCCAUGAUGCUCCCAAACCUCCAGGAUAUACACGAUUUGUCUGUAUUUCUGAUACUCACUCAAGAACUGAUCCCAUCCAAAUGCCAUAUGGAGAUGUGUUAAUACAUGCUGGUGAUUUUACUGAGCUGGGACUUCCUAGUGAAGUAAAAAAAUUCAACGAGUGGCUAGGUAGCCUGCCCUAUGAAUACAAGAUUGUGAUAGCAGGAAAUCAUGAAUUGACCUUUGACCAGGAAUUCAUGGCUGACUUAAUCAAGCAGGACUUUUACUAUUUCCCCUCUGUUUCUAAGCUGAAGCCAGAGAGCUAUGAAAAUGUACAGUCUCUUCUAACAAACUGCAUCUAUCUUCAAGACUCUGAAGUGACGGUGAGGGGAUUCAGAAUAUAUGGCUCCCCUUGGCAACCUUGGUUUUAUGGCUGGGGCUUUAAUCUUCCACGAGGCCAAGCACUAUUAGAGAAAUGGAACCUUAUUCCAGAUGGAAUAGAUAUUCUUAUAACACAUGGACCACCUCUCGGUUUUCUAGACUGGGUUCCUAAGAAAAUGCAACGGGUGGGAUGUGUUGAGCUGCUGAACACAGUCCAGAGACGAAUACAGCCAAGGCUUCAUGUUUUUGGACAUAUCCAUGAAGGCUAUGGUGUCAUGGCUGAUGGAACUACUACCUAUGUGAACGCAUCUGUGUGCACUGUGAAUUACCAGCCACUUAAUCCACCUAUAGUUAUUGACUUACCUACUCCAAGGAACACAUGAUUAUAAUGAGGAUUUAAAGUUGUACCCAACACAUUAGCAACUUUAUAUUGCUGGCUGAGAAUCCGAAUAGGGAUUCAUUCAACAAAAAAAAAGCAAAACUCUUCCUUUUUCCCUGCUAGCUCUUAACAGAUAAAUUUUGAGUGACGAAAGUGGAUGAGGAGCGAAGACAUUUUGGUGCCAGAAACAGAUUAAAGACUCUAAACAUUUCACCAUUAAAAUAUUUGUGAACACAGAAAAGUGAAUGCAUUCCACAUAUAUAAUAUACAUAUACAUAUAUAUAUAUCUCAAGUAGGGACUUUUGUAUAUACCGUACAUUAUAUUGGACGUAUUAAAAGAACAAUGUCUUUGAAA